AUGGGUCGUGGAAAACAUUGCAGUGCUGAAAAACGAGAAUUGAUUCGUAAAUUGAUAUCAGAAGGCAAAUCUUAUAGAGAAGUGGGUCGUUUACUUGAGUGUUCAAAUAAAAUGAUAAGAAAUGCCAUACAAUUUAAAGAAAAACCAGAAACACGCGGUCGAAAAAGAGUUAUUUCAUAUUUGCUUACCAAGCGGUUAUUCCGCCAAGCCAAGAAAGAACCAUUUAAGCCAGCAACGGAGCUGAAAAAGGAGUUAAAUAUACCUGCAACAGUGCAAACAGUUCGCCAUUACCUUCGAAUAAAUGGUUUAAAAUCCUGCAGCCCCAGGAAAGUUCCACUUUUAAGUGCUAAGCAUGUUGCCAAGCGUAUUACUUUUGCCAAAGAACACUCAAAUUGGCCAUUGGAAAAAUGGAGGAACAUUUUAUGGACAGAUGAAAACUACGAAAUGCCAUUAUCGUGGGUCUUCCAACAAGACAAUGACCCCAAACAUACAAGUAAGAAAGCCAAGAAAUGUUUGAGGACAAUCAUGUACACGUUAUGCAGUGGCCAGCGCAGUCGCCAGACCUUAACCCAACCGAGAAUUUAUGGACUGACCUAA